UCCGCGGGGCUGCAGCUGGAGACGGCGAAGCAUUGGAAAUUAUGCUUGGAGCUUUCAUUACCGCAGCCGCCGGACAAGAGUGAGGAGCGCUGACGGGGAAAAGGACUGGAUACGGGGAGAAGGAGCCAGAAGCUUCCCCCUCCCCACUUUCUUCCCAAUUUGGACUGGAGGCGCUGGGAAACUAAAAGGAGAGCCGAUCAGAGCCGGGCUGGGGCGAGAGGCCGGAAACCUACCGCCUCUUUGCAAGCAACUUUUUUUUGGGAAACCUUCCCCCCCUCCACCACCACCCCCCUUCCUUUUUAUUGUCGCCCGACCAGAGAGAGAGUGAGGCGGGGAGGGCGAUCGCGCGGGGACAUCGCUGCAGUCCGGCCAGGAGCUCCACGCUCAGACGCGAGCGCCUCUCCCCCGCGCGCACUCCCGCGCACACUCGCCCCCUCCGGCGCGGCCCGGCCCCACGGCCGCGGACUCCCUCGCCCGCCGCGCUCCGAGCCGGUGCACCGCGCGCCCCCACGCGCGCCUGGCUGACGGGUCUCCUCCGUGUGCCCGAAAGGGGCGAUGCCAUUUGGACAUGUAACUGUCAGCACGGGAUCUGAGACUUGCACACAAUGAAGCUGGCGGCGGGACUGUGCGUCUGGGUGAGCCUUCUGGUGGCGGCGGGGACCGUCCGGCGCAGCGCUUCGCAGUCAGUGUGUGCAGGAACAGAGAAUAAGCUGAGCUCUCUCUCUGACCUGGAGCAGCAGUAUCGAGCCUUGCGCAAGUACUAUGAGAACUGUGAGGUAGUCAUGGGCAACCUGGAGAUAACCAGCAUCGAGCACAACCGGGACCUCUCCUUUAUGCGGUCUAUUCGAGAAGUCACAGGCUACGUGUUAGUGGCUCUUAACCAGUUUCGUUACCUGCCUCUGGAGAAUUUACGCAUUAUUCGUGGGACAAAACUGUAUGAGGAUCGAUAUGCCUUGGCAAUAUUUUUAAACUACAGAAAAGAUGGCAACUUUGGGCUUCAAGAACUUGGAUUGAAGAACUUGACAGAGUCAGGUGCCGCCACGUUCAUGGUUUACCUUCUAAAGCACUACUGCCCAACAGAACUUUCUGAGAUGAUGGAGACAUUCUUGGCUGCACCCUUGAGUAGCCAGUAG